AUGGACCGCGAGGGGCCAGACACCGCCCGCCGGGAGGCAGAGCUGGAGCGCGGCCGUUACUUGGAGCGCCGGGCCGUGGCCCAGGAGCAGCUGGCGCAAAUAAAGGAGCACAAGCAUCAGGCAGAUCUGGCCAAGCUAGAAGUCAAAAGAGAAGGGGAACAAAUACAGAGAUUGAACCAAUUGUACCAACUGGAAAUUCAGAGGGGAAAAGAAAAGGAACAGGAGGAAAAAGUUGAACGCCGGAGGCUGCAUCAUGAGUAUGUAGCUGAACAGAAAAUAAUUAAAGCUGAAGAGAAACAAAAAGAAGACAAAGAUGAUGAUCGGAUUAAGGCUUAUAUUAAAGGAAAAGAAAUGAUGGCUGACCUGACAAGAGAAAAACAUGCAGAGACUAAUAGGAUAAUGCAGGAGCAUAAGGACAAAGCUGUUGAACAACUAACUGCACAGAUGAAUGAGGCAUGUAAGAUUGAAGAUGAUCGUCUUGCUAGAGGAGCUGCAGAGGUAGAAGAUGAAUACCAAAUGAAAAACAAAGAGAAAGAAGCAAAAAAAAAGGCUGCCAUUGAAUCUAUUGCUGAACACAGAGCCACUGUGAUGAAGAUGAAAGUGGAAAAGGAGAGAGAGGAAAAAGCAGAGGAUGAGAAGGAUCGUAAUCAGUGGAUGGCAGCAGAUCAUACCUAUUUGGAAAUGGAAAAAGCCAAGAAACAAAGACAACAUGAUGCAAACAUGGAAGUACAGAAAAUUCAGAUCCAGCAAAUGGCUGAAAAGCAGGCAAAAAAACAGCAGGAAAAGCAAGCAGAUUUGGACUACAACGCUCAGAGAGAAGCUGCUUUUCGUAAGGAUCGAGCGUUUCAGCGAUAAAGACAUGCUCCUUUUACUACUUCAAGCUUUUUUCAGCAAGCAGAAAGAAUGGAAACUUUUAAUAAAGCAUUUUGAUCGCAGAAGCUGGAGCCUUGAGAAGAAGCAUUGACUACAGCAGAAGUGGUGCUGAAAUCUGCAGAGCUUGAUAAUGCUCCAAAUGCAUCCCUAAGUGCAUAUUUGCACAUGCUCACUACCAUGCAAUUGGUGAGUUAAAUGGGUUUUAGUCUACCUCCACAGCAGCAAGAAGCAAGGUGGAUUGCAACCUCAUUUCUUACUCAGCUUCAAAAAAUGCCCUGUUCUGCAGAUUAUUUAUGUCUGCAUUUGAAGUCUACAGCCUGCUUCCACGGGGUUUAUACCCCUUUUACUUUGAACAUCUACAGAAAUACCGAAGUCACGUACCAGAAAACAACUCUUCCUUUCAGUACACCUAGAGUGAAGUAGGAAUCCUGUGUAACUUUAAAGCAUAUUGGCUAAAUAUGGAUUUAGUUAUCCAAAUUCAGCAUGGA